CUUGCUUUAAACCACUAAAUUCCCAUUUAACACAAAUCCCUCCUAAUUCCCCCAAAUUCGAAAAUCAUUCUAUCUUUUUUCUUUUCACAGUUAAUCAAAUCUUUUACACAAUUCUUUCAACAAUGGAAACCCCAAUUUCAUCAAGAAGGAUCACAAGAUCACAAGCAAAACUCAUGAAUUCCGAACCCGUUUCAUCAAGAACUGAGAAUGAAGGAUCUUUGAUGGGUGGUGGAUUAAAAUCAAGAAAAAAUCAAGAAAAAGAAAAACCGGCUUUGAUUGAUAUAACUAACGGUUCACCUAUUGUUGGGCUUGCAAUGGGGAGUUUAAAGACUCCUUCAUCGAGAUGUUCGAAAAAAAGAAUGAUGAUUCCGAGUAGUGAAUCGAAAAAGACUCCCGGAUCUGGUGAGUCUAUAUUGAGAGGUCAAGUGAAAACCCUUUUGCAGAAAGUUGAAGAGGAAAGUAUGAUUUCCAAGAUCUGUUUUGAACCAAAUUCUUUGAUUUGUAACCGGUUUUUGAACUCUCCCAUGGCGGUUUUCGCCCCAACGCCUGCUAAUACGCCUCAAGUUUAUGACUUUUCGAUUAAGAACAACAAGGGUUUGGAGUCUUUUACUGUUUCUCCUGUUGCAGAAAACUUUAAUUUCACUCAGAUGCUUAAUGAGAUAAUUACUGGACCGAAUCAAGAAGACAAAAGCAAAAGUGACACUAAAGAAAAGGAUGUGAUAACGAGGUCUUUGUUCAUGGACUUUUCUGAGAAAUCAGAGGCCUCUGACUCGUCUUUAUGGUCAGUUCAAGUGAAUGCAAGCACAAGUGAAGAAGAAUAUAAAGAUGAUGCUGACACUAAGGAGGAUUAUGAAGAUGGUGAUGAUGUGGUGGUAGAUGAAUUAUGUGAAGGAAUUAGCAAGAUGAGUGUCGGUAAACAUACACGGUUUGUGUACAAUAGUGAUGGGGAACUGGAAGGAGAGUUGGAGUCAUCGUCAUCCUCGUCUAAGAGUGUAUCAGGGGUUUUGUGUUUAAAGGGCUUGCCGAUACCAGAAGGGAAGCAUUUGAGGUUUGCAGAAGAAGAGUGACUUGAGAAGAAAGUGGGGCUUUUGAAGUUUUUAGAAUAAGAUGUUGAUUGCUUUUGAUGGUUGUCUUUCUUGUGACACCAAAUAUUGGUUUAGUGUAGUUUUUCCUAGAAGGGUUCAAACUGAAUGUUUAUUGUGUUGUAUGGAAGGGAGUUUGUUUUGGUUUCA